AUGAAGAUCUUCGGCUUCGCCUUCUUUGCCGUCCUCGCUGCCUUUGUGACGGUUGUGAACGCGGCUCCCCCCAUGCCUGCGGUCGUCGCCAACAGCGAUGCGGCCGUCCAAGCUCUGUGGACUAAGGCUAGCGAAGGCGUGUUUAAUAACAUGCUCCCGGGCCAGUUCGCGCACCUGCAAGACGAUUGGACCCGCUUUCUCACGACCGAGGGUGAAGGAGUAAUCAUGGACUUCCGCGAGUUCCUGAAGAUGGUCAACUUCGAAGAUACUAGGCCUUACAUGUUCAACACGGAAAACGAUGUUCAUAAGCCCGCUAUGGCCACUGGCCUCGUCGAAAAAUUCGCCGAGUACCUCGCGAUCAAGAGACGCGGCUUGGUCGAUACCGAGCUUCGCCUCGGCCGUGGUGGCAGCAGCCGCUCGUAA